AUGGCUUAUUACUUAGCCGAUGGCAUUUACCCAAAAUGGGCUAGUUUCAUUCAGGGUAUUACGCAUUCUCAAAUUCAGAAGGACAAAUUGUUUGCUGACCACCAAGCUGCUGCUCGGAAGGACGUUGAAAGAGCUUUCGGUGUUUUACAAGCUCGGUUUUCAAUACUACGAAAACCGUCACUUGCAUAUGAUGAAGACAUAUUGGGUGAUAUAAUGAAAGCAUGUAUCAUUAUGCACAACAUGAUUGUCGAAGAUGAGCGCCACAACUACACUCGAGCAGAAGUUCUAAGAAGCUACUACGAAGGAGAUCGCCCACAGUUAACAACAGCAACUACGUCUACAACAAUAACUAAUAACGAGCCGUUUGAAUUCAACGUUGGCCGACCUCCAAACAUCGAUUUCGACUCGUUUCUGCAACGCAAGACUUCCCUACGUGAUAGAGAAACUCAUGUUUCUUUGAAAAAGGAUUUAGUCAACAUAUUUGGCUUAAAUAUGGCCCUACUAAUCACUAAACAAUUAAGAUGUACUAAAUUAUUCCGGUAG